AUGAGUAACGUUAACUACACAGUGGUUGAAGAAUUUUUACUUUUGGGAUUUCCACAAGUUAAGAGUUCCAAAGCCAUUAUUUUCUUUCUACUGAUACUGACUGUUUACAUUAUGACGCUCAUACUAAAUUCUAUGAUCAUCGUCCUGGUGUCAACCAGACCACAACUCCGUUCUCCCAUGUACUUCUUCCUCCAGCAAUUUUCACUCAAUGAAAUUGUGUUCCUUACUGUUAUCAUCCCUAAUAUGCUACGUGUCAUAUGGCUGGAAGGAGCCACCAUUUCCAUCAAAGGUUGUAUAGCCCAGGCUUAUAUAUAUUGUGCUGUAGGGUGUUCAGAAUGUCACCUCCUCACAGUCAUGUCUUAUGAUCGAUAUCUGGCCAUAUGUAACCCUCUACGUUAUAGCACCAUCAUGAACAUUAGACUACAACAUUCCUUGGUUAUCUAUUGCUGGGUGUUUGGCUUUUUCAUCACCCAUGUUAAUCUUUAUUUCCUAUGUCGAAUUGAAUUCUGUGGACCCCAUGUCAUUGAUCAUUUCUUCUGUGACCUUGGUCCCUUUGUUGAACUUUCAUGUUCUUACACUCAUGCCCUACAGUUAGAUAUUCUAAUCCUUUCUAUCCCUAUAAUAAUCAUCCCAUUUAUCUUAGUAGUAAUCAGUUACAUCUGUGUAUUCACAACAAUUCUCAGCAUCUCCUCUACAACAGGUAGGAAGAAAACUUUCUCCACAUGCAGCUCCCACCUCACCGUUGUGACCUUGUAUUAUGGAACCUUGAUCACUAUUUAUUUGGUUCCAGCCGACAGGCAUUCCUUGACCAUAAACAAGUUGAUUGCUUUUUUGUACAUUGUGGUAACACCUCUGUUUAACCCAAUCAUAUACAGUUUGAGGAACCAAGAGAUGAGAGCCAUCAUGAAGAAUUUACUUAGUAUUAAGUGA